AUGGCGGAAUCUAAUGGCACAGAGGGACAAGGGCAGUCCUUGCCUUCAGGAACCAUUGCAAAACUGACAUGUGACAUUCUCAAUGAAACCUUCUACAAUAUCAUCCAUGACAUUGUUGCCCAAGCCCACCGCGAUGAAAAGAUUGCGCGGAUGCGAUCGGCGGUGGUGAUUGCCAGACAGAAAGCAGAAGAGGAGGCAGCCAAGCGUCGCGAAGAUAACAGCGGCAAGGCGACCAGUUCGUCAAAGCCUGGUGACCCAGAAGCUGAAGAAAAGUCGCUCAAGGAUGUCCAAGUCGAGACCGAAGGGGCCAUUUUCAAAGAUGGGAAGGUCUAUCUUAAGGGCAACCCUCUCCAAACGACUAAAGAAAUCAUUUGUCCCGACUGCCGGCUGCCUCGUCUCUUGUAUCCAGUUACUGGCCUCGGUGCUCGUCCUCCCCCAGAUCCCUACCGGGAGUAUUGUCAGAAGCAGCCCUUGAUCUCCAAACCGGGACACGAUGUCCAUGGAAACCCAUUUGCUACGGACAAAUUAAACCCGAAGAAGAAAAAACAGACCAAUACGUCGAAUACGCCGGCGUCGAGUCCUCCCACCACACCCGACAGUUCUUUCAAGCACGCUGUUCCGGAAAAGGUUUCCUUCCCCACAGUCAAAUGUCCGAACUGUCCGAGAUAUUUUGUGGUGACGAGAGUGGCGCAGCACUUGGACCGAUGCUUGGGACUUUCAGGUCGACAAACGAACCGUAAUAAAGGCCCGCUGGAUAGUGGCAGCGGCACGCCCAGCUCAGCACCGCCCAAGCGGCCCCUUGCAGAUGACGAUACUCCUUCUGCCCUGACGAAGAAAAAGAAACUCAACACGCCGAAGAAGUUAUCGGGCAAGAAACCACCCCCUUCUAGCAGCAAGUUGAAGAACGGCCUCACUCCGGAUAUGGCUGCGGCCGCUGAUGCUGCAGCUGCAGGAGACGGAGAUAUCAAGGCUGAACCCAACGCAGACAACUGA